AGCACUGGCUGCAUGAAUUGCUAAAGCAACUGCUUUUUUUUGUUUGUUGCUAAAGCGACUGCUGUUGAUGCUAUGACCUGGAGCUUGGUGUCAGCGUCACGCUGCAUCUGGACCAGCCGUGCAUGAAACUCAUAACAUUGUGUCAAGUGGUUACAGAUAGAAGAAACGGACAAGUAAACCCAUUUGACGGAACAACUGACUGAAGGGUUUGGAGCGUGUGGGGCUCGGCUGACUAUCCAGACACCACGGUGUGUAGGUAUUUUCUUAUCUGAUCAUGAAUGAUGAGAAAGCAUGGUCAGCGAAUUUCAUUAAUAGCGGAUAGCUAUCCUUAUCAAGUGAGCACAAUAAUGGAAGACUGUACUGCUACGACCUUUGCAAACGUUAGUGCGAAGACAACUGCACUGCGGAUUAGGACRGAUUUGUAUGGCGCCAGCCUGCUAGCUAGCUAUUUGUUCUGUGCAUAGCAUGAUGGGGUCCUUCAGCCGACAGGAGUUCUUCCAUGAGCUUGUGGAGGGCUGCCUUCUGCCCACCACUCAGCAGGGCCUGGAGCAGGUCUGGCAGCUUCUGGUCAUCUGCCUUCUAUGCCGACUUCUCUGGAUUCUGGGCCUCCCAUCCUAUGUGAAACACCUGAGCACUGUGGCAGGAGGGUUCUACACCCUGUACCUGUUCUUUGAGCUCCACAUGGUGUGGGUGGUACUGCUCAGUCUACUGUGCUACCUCAUCCUCUUCCUCUGUCGACACUCCAGUAACCGGGCCACCUUCCUCUCCAUCACCAUCCUCAUCUACCUGCUCAUGGGAGAGCUGCAUAUGAUGGACACCACCACCUGGCACAAAAUGAGAGGUUCCCAGAUGGUGGUUGCCAUGAAGGCCAUCUCUCUAGCCUUUGACCUGGAUCGAGGCGUGGUGGCUAAUGUGCCUUCUCCUGUGGAGUUCAUGGGCUAUAUCUACUUUGUUGGGACUAUCAUAUUUGGGCCCUGGAUCAGCUUUAACAGCUACAGAGAGGCUAUAGAGGGCCGCAAACUGAGUUUCUCCUGGAUAUGGAAAGUGUGUGUCAGCUGGGUGAAGAGCCAGCUGUGUCUGAUCACCUCUAACUGUGUUGCUCCCUACCUCUUCCCUUACUUCAUCCCCAUCUACGGAGACAAGCUGCUACGCAACAAAACAAAACGGAAGAUCAGAGGUUCUGUGGCAAGGUGGCUCCUGGCCUAUGAGAAUGCACUCUCAUUCCACUUCAGCAACUACUUUGUGGGUUACCUGAGUGAGACCACCACCACUCUGGCUGGAGCAGGCUUUACUGAGGAGAAAGACAACCUCAAAUGGGAUAUGACGGUUGCUAGGCCCCUGCAUGUGGAGUUUCCCAGGUCUAUGGUGGAGGUGGCCACCUCAUGGAAUCUGCCCAUGUCCAGAUGGCUCAACACCUAUGUUUUUACCAGUGCUCGCAACCUUGGAACCUUUUCAGCCAUCCUAGUAACAUACACAGCCAGUGCACUUCUACAUGGUCUCAGCUUCCACCUGGGUGCAGUGCUACUGUCUCUCGGGUUCAUCACGUAUAUUGAGCAUGUUUUGCGGAAGAGAUUGGCAGCCAUUUUUAAUGCGUGUAUUCUGUCAAAGAAAUGCCAGCCAAACUGUUCUCACACGAACAAUAAGGUCCUGUGGGUGUACAUCAUUAACGUAGCCUUCAGCACCCUGGCUGUCUUCCACCUGGCAUACCUGGGCUCUCUGUUCAACUCCAGUGUUGACUACAUGGAUGAUGAUGAGGAGAGUGACGUGGCCAACCACACCAUUCAGAAGUGGUCGGAGCUGAGCUGGGCCAGCCACUGGGUGACAUUUGGCUGCUGGGUGCUCUACCGCAUCAUCCUCUAAAUGUGUGUCUGUGUGAGAGUGAGAGAGCGAGCUGGGGAUAGAGACGGUGAGAGAAAUGACUCACCCCUAUGUACAGUAUAUGAACUAUUUUACUCAAGACCAACAUGCAAUGCUCAGGACACCGCCUAAGAGAUUGGGCUAUCUACUUACUGUAACCUGCUGGUGAUAAACUAUUUUUGAUACUCUUCAAAUAAUGCCCCACUCUUCCUUAAUCGCAUAAUUUUGUUUUUAAUCACAUUUUGUUUGAGCUGCUGCAUUUGUCCCUUGUGGAAAGACUGAUCAGUAUCUGCUGUCUGACAUCUCACUGUGAUUCUCAAUCAAUACCCAUCCUGUCAGCAUGGCAGUGGUCAUUCAUUCACUCUUUUAUGGACUGCUAAAAACCCGUUCACUAGUUUUCAGAAGUGAUUCCAGAAUAUGCCAUUUAAGUGUUGUUUUCCUGUUCCUCUAUUAGACUGCUAUAUAUUUUUCUAUUACAACCUAAUUAGUUAUUACAUCUGUAGAGUAUGUAAAACCCAGGUUUGAGAUUAGGAAAGUGUCUUUCUGUUUGUAUGACAGCACAACAAAAAAAUUAUAAGGCAGCAACUUUCCUUUGUGGAUUUUAGUAGAAAUAAUAUAAGUUUUUCAUGUUUUUUUUAUUUAUGGAAAUAAUCAUGUCAAUUGGUGCCAAAUUUUAGCCAGUUUUUCCAUUGUCCUGUUAAUAACUAUGUAACUGUGAUAUAUUUUACAAAUUAUUGUAGUUGUCAAGAAAGAAUACGAAAGUC